AUGAUACUUACGUUCGUGAUUUACACUACAACCAUCAUCGAUGAUAUUUAUGAUUCAUUUGGAACAUCAGAAGAGUGUGAAUUGUUUACCAAGUGGGUAGAAAGAUCAUUCAUGUCUAGUUGGGAUCCAAAGGUAGCUCAUGUUCUCCCAAAGUGCAUGCAAUAUGCAUUGGAAAAAAUCAUGGACUGCCAUCAGAUCAUUGAUAACAAGCUAGCACCGGAGGAGAAAUACCGUAUGACCUACCUCAGAAACUUUACAGUGGAUCUAGUUAGAAAUUACAACAAAGAGGUUAAAAUGCGCAAAGAGAACUUCAUCCCAAGAUCUGUCGAAGAGCAUCUUCAGGUCUCGGCAAGGACUUGCGCAUGCCAUUUGUUGGCUUGCACUUCACUGGUCGGAAUGGAUGAUAUAGCAACAAAGGAUUCUUUUGAAUGGAUUUCGACUGUGCCUAAAAUUGUGCAGAAGCUUUGCAUAAUUGUUAGACUAUUAGAUGAUAUCAUGACCUAUGAGCGAGAGCAGAUGACGCCUCAUGUUGCUUCGACAAUGGAUAGCUACAUGAAACAACACAAUGUCUCGAUUGAAAUAGCACGUCACAAGAUACAAGAGCUAAAGGAGGAAUCAUGGAAAGAUUUCAAUGGUGAGUGGCUAGAGCCUAAUAUUGACCAACCGAGGAAGUUGAUUGAGGCGAUAUUUAACCUCACAAGAACAAUGGAGUUCAUGUAUAACAAAGACGAUAACUUUACUAACUGUAGGAACCUCAAGGAUAUCAUCCGAUUAUUAUUUGUGGAGACUUUUUGA